UAGUGUUUCACAGGAAGCUGGAGGCACCAGAGAGGUUAACGGAAAUACAGAGAAAACAGCCCCUUUGAGCGAGAGUCUUACAUUCAAAUACGUGUUUAGAAAAAUAUUUCGCUAUCGGAACAGUUUUAACGGUUUUUAGGUCAGUUUAAUCAAGACUCAUCGCAAACUUAAUAAAUCGGAAGACACGUUAAAUAUCUUCGGCAUCAAUAUUCCCAAUACUUGUCUUUGAACAAGUAAGAUCAGCAACACAGCAGAGAGUCAUUUUCAGCCUUCCACCAUGGCAACAAAUAAUGGUCCAAUGGGUGGUCAGGUUCCCAUGAUGCCAGUUCCACAGAGACCCAUUGGUUGCCCCCCAGGCCUGGAGUACCUGACCCUGAUUGACCAGAUCCUUGUUCAGCAGAAGAUUGAGCUAGCUGAAGUUAUAUUGGGCUGGGAGACCAAUAAUAAGUACAUGGUGAAGAACAGUAUGGGGCAGCAGGUAUUCUUUGUGGCUGAGGAAAACGACUGCUGUAACAGACAGUUCUGUGGACCAUUGCGCUCAUUUGUCCUCCACGUUCAGGAUAACAUGGGACAGGAAGUAAUGACGCUCGUACGCCCUCUGAAAUGUGGGAGCUGUUGCUUCCCCUGCUGCCUACAAGAGCUUGAAAUCCAGUCUCCUCCUGGCAACCCAAUUGGAUAUGUCAUCCAAAACUGGCAUCCUUUCCUCCCCAAGUUUACCAUACAGAAUGAGAAAAGAGAGGCAGUUCUGAAGAUCGUGGGGCCAUUUUGUUCCUGCAAAUGUUGCUCUGAUGUGAACUUUGAUGUUUUGUCCAUGGAUGAGUCUACGAAGGUGGGCAAAAUCUCUAAACAGUGGACAGGUCUGGUGAGAGAAGCUUUCACUGAUUCUGACAAUUUUGGCAUCUGCUUUCCUUUGGAACUGGAUGUGAAGAUCAAAGCUGCUCUAUUUGGAGCAUGCUUUCUCAUAGAUUUCAUGUUCUUUGAAAACAAUAAAUAAAGUCUAUUGUACCGGAUACCAAAUUCUUCAUUUUAAGACUUCAUUGUUGUAACGAGGCAGACGAGGAGCACUUUUGGAUGUAAUCCUUGGAUUAAAAUUAUGCGGCAUUAACACUUCUGUGGAAUUUUAACUUGCUUUUGUGGAUGUUUAGAUCACUGAGGUAAAACAUGUAUUAUGUGCAUUACAUUAAAUCAUGUCUCUUUAUAAUGUUGUUGCAACACCACCACUAGGUGACAGCAGUUACCUUUAUAAUAACGUUGGGACGUGCAGUAUUUGAGGAAAGGUUAACUACCUUCAAGAUGAGGUAGAUCUGUAAUUAAUUGAGCUUAAUUAACUUGAAAACACAUUAUAUUGUGUAUAAGAAAUCUUGUAACAAACAUAAAAUUUUAAUGGUUGAAUUUUGUUUCCUUUGUUAGCAGCUUUUUUGCCAUUUUGAUAUUUAAUGUGUAAUUGAUAAAGGGUUUUAAAGGAUUUCUGCUAUCACCAUCUACUUUUAGUAUGAAUCUUUCUCAGAGAUGUGUUGGAACAAUAUUAUGGCUUACAGGUAUAUAAUGCUGAUGCAUAUUAUAUUAAAACAUUUUAUAUAGUAAAAAGCAUUUAACAAACACAAAUAAAGGAAAAAAAAAGUAUUAUUCUCAUGAUUCUAAAUAACAUCUGCUGUAGUCUCUUUUAACACCUUCUGUCUGGUAUUCCCAAAGAACUCAUCAGCUCCUCAUUAUGCAUCUUAGGAUGUUCAGCAGACAAUAGACAAUGAAUAAUAAUAACUUUUUUUUUUACCUUGCUUUUACAAGUUACAUGUUUCUCAGCAACAACACCUCAGUCAACACUCUCCUAGAAAGGAGGAAAUGUUCAAAAUAAUGCUUGAAAAACAUGACUUGAUGUGUCAUUUCAAAGUAGAAAAUGAAGUGAACAUGACCAUUGUCUGGAGACUUGUCACUUAAAUUCAGUAUUUGGUGAAAUGACAGCUCUUUAUAGAGAGACAAAAAUGAGAAGGGACCAAAAAUAAAUGACCUUGGGUUAAGAAUACUGCACUGCAAAUUAUACUUAUUUUCAGAUACAAAUAUAAACAAAGGGCAUGCAGGGAUUGUCUUUUGUGUUAGUGUGAAUGACACUGCACUUUCUAUACAUAUAUUUACUGGCCAUUGCUCCUGUUAGGGCCACUCUUGAUAAGUCGUCAUGUGGUGUGAACACUAAGGUGGUUAACCGUACCUUUAAAAGUGCAAAGCAGAUGUUUGUAGUCCCAGCAGAUUAUAUAUAUAUAUAUAUAUAUUAACAUUUUAUAACUGAAUGUACAAUAGUGAGCUGUAAAAUAUACAGAUACCAAAAUGACAUGAUGUAAUGCCUGCCAUUUUUUUCUUUCUUUUUUUUUUUUUUACUGUAAAUGUAACGGGUUUAAAAAAAAAUGUACAGAUAAAACUUGGGUCCUUCCUGAAAGUCAUUUUUGUUCAGCCAUUUUAUUACCCCACAGGUGGAAACUCAGAGUAAGAUCGCGUAGAAAAGUAAUAACACACCUUUCUUGAACAAGUUACACAAUUUGAGGUAUAGCAAAAACUGUACAGGGUGUGUUAUGCACAGAAGUUAAAUACUUAGGUAAAUCCCUCUUGCCCAACUGCAAACUCAGUGAACUGUUCAGUCAGGAAAAACACUGGUAGCAGAUUGCUGGAUGAAUUUGGUUUGAUCAAUAAUGAAGUACUCAUCUGCUGAUGGAGCUGCUGAGAGACCUACACAGCCUCUAAUGAAAGUGCUUGAUUGAUGUUGCACUCUGAUGUGUCUGUGACAGCAGCCAAAAGCCUCACCUCACCUCAGCUCCACCCCCACCUCCCAAACACACAUCCUAUUUCACCCUAACUCGGAUCAACAUAAAGCAACAAUCCAGUAUUCUCCAUAGGGUUUAUACACUUGUCUAUGCCUCUGACCUCUGUAUAGCUGCAAUGAAGCUGAUU